AUGUCCUUUGAUACUGGUUCGAGAGCGGAUCCCGCAUGGGAGUGGCCAGAGAACAUUCCCAAAGAAGAGCCACCAGAACAGGGCGCGUCAUUUCGACAGCGUACACCGUAUUUCUCUUCUCCAGCCGCGGAAGAGUCGAUGCACCAGGAUCGAUCCAGGGAAGAACACCCGCGUGCAGAGCCUCCACAAUCGGACCAGGACCCUCACUCUUCACCACGAGGCCAUUGGCCGCCUCGGCAAUGUCGCAUUUGUUUAGAUACUGUUCAGCCUACCUUCGAUGCCCCGUCCGAGUAUGUCCCUGGCUUCAUGCAGACCGCUUCCAAGCCUAAAUACGAGGAUGAAAAUGGUCGAUUGCUUAGACCCUGCAUGUGUAAAGGUUCGUCAAAGUACGUUCACGAGUCUUGUCUACAGGCCUGGCGUCAUGCAGAUCCAAGUUACGGGCGACGGAAUUAUUUCCAUUGUCCAACGUGCGGCUUCCAAUACCGACUUGCACGGUUGGGAGCAGGCAGACUUGUUGGCAGCAUAGCCGCACAAAUUGGUUUGACUAUCACAAUUCUGGUUGUGGCUGUAUUCAUCCUAGGUUUCUUCGCAGAUCCCAUCAUCAACCUAUACCUUGAUCCUUGGAGCUUUCUCUCGCCAUGGUCACAAUACGAUUACUACUAUGAAGAUGACAAUGACGUCAUCGGCUGGUCUACCCACUUCGCCAAAGGGAUCGCUUCAAUGGGCGUCCUUGGAUUCCUGAAAAUUCUCGUCACUAAUCCCUUUAAUUACUUCCGAGUAGGGGGCGGAGGCAGGCGACGGGGAACAGGACGCGAUAGACAUGAGCAGAUCAGCUGGCUAAUCAUUUUGCUUGGCGUGGGGACGUUUCUACUGGCUGUCUACAAAGGAGUUCGCGCAUGGAGUCGUCGCACCCUCGAAAGAGCUGGCGAGCGCGUCAUGGAUGUGCAAGGCGACGAAGGUGAAGGUGACAAUGAAACGGAGUAG